UUGUUCGCGUGCGCGUUUAGCUUUUGUAUUUGUGUGUGUGUGUAGCGUCGACUUCGACGGUAACGCUAGCGGCAACGCCAACGCAACUGCGGCUGCCACUGCGCGACACUCUUAACCUAUUUUCUCGCGAACCGAACAUUAGUUACAAUUUUGUUGUGAUGUUGCGUGGCAGAUACGCGUCGGACACGGACGCUGCUUGCGCGGAUUCUAAGCCCACACACUUACACUAGCACACACAAAUACACACGCACGCACACACAUACAUAUACACUUACAGCAAUACACCAAUGCAGCAGUUGCGUGUAAAUUAGUUAGCAAAUCUAUGAAAAUGUGCUGCAUGUAAAAUAAUUAAAAAAAAAACCAAGUGAAGAAACAAACAAAAAAUUAAAGCAAGUGCUGCGCAAAAAUUAUUUGGCCAACAAUUCGGAUGUAUUGAAAUCCCUAAAAUUAAACUGAGAACGCAUCAAAUUGGAUUACACAAAGUUUUGGCUGCUGCAUUCGCUCUGUGAAAGGUACAACACUGAGCAAGGAGCGAUGGACCAGCAAUUUUGUUUACGCUGGAACAAUCAUCCCACAAAUCUAACCGGCGUGCUCACCUCACUGCUGCAGCGUGAGGCGCUCUGCGAUGUCACGCUCGCCUGCGAGGGUGAAACAGUCAAGGCACAUCAGACUAUACUGUCUGCCUGCAGUCCGUACUUUGAGACGAUUUUCCUACAGAAUCAGCAUCCACAUCCCAUUAUCUAUUUGAAGGAUGUGCGAUAUUCAGAGAUGCGCUCGCUGCUCGACUUUAUGUACAAGGGCGAGGUUAAUGUGGGUCAAAGCUCGCUGCCCAUGUUUCUCAAAACCGCCGAAAGUCUGCAGGUGCGCGGUCUUACAGACAACAACAAUGUAAACUAUCGCUCAGAUUGCGAUAAGCUGCGCGAUUCGGCCGCCAGCUCGCCCACUGGGCGUGUCUCCAGCUAUGGCGGCGGUAUGAGCGCCGAUGUGCGCGAUUCACGCGACUCGCUGCGCUCACGCUGCGAACGCGAUCUGCGCGACGAUCUGCAGCGCAGCAGCAGCAGCUUAAGUCUAAGCGAGCGCAGCUCUGCUGCCGCCGCUGCUGCGGCUGCGGCUGCUGCUGUUGCCGCCGCUGGUGGCAAUGUGAAUGCAGCUGUUGCUGCCCUGGGCCUUACGACAGGCGCCUCAGAACGAUCUCCUAGCGUCGGCAGCGCCAGUGCUGCUGCAGCUGCUAUGGCCGCCGCAGUGGCGGCCGCUGCCAACAGGAGCGCCAGCGCAGAUGCGUUGAAUAGUCGCGGCGACGCUUGCAGCGAUCGUGGCAGUGAUCGUGGCACGCUGGAACGUGCAGAUAGCCGAGAUGAGCUAAUGCAGCUGGACUACAGUACUAAGGAUAACAACAAUAGCAACAGUAACAACAACAAUAACAACAGCAACAGUACCAGCAACAACAAUAACAACAACAACAACAGCAGCAGCAACAACAACAACAACAACAAUCGAGAGCGCAACGAUAGCAGCAGAGAUAGAGAUCGUGAGCGAGAGCUGAGCACAACGCCAGUCGAUCAGCUAUGUAGUAGUAAGCGCAGACGUAAGAACUCAUCAUCCAACUGUGAUAAUUCGUUGUCCUCGAGCCAUCAUCAAGCGAAUGCGGCCCACAUGCAGGACAGACACUACGCACAGGACUCACAGGCAAAUUUUAAAUCGAGUCCCGUGCCCAAGACAGGCGGCAGCACAUCAGAGUCAGAGGAUGCGGGCGGCGGCGGCGGCGGUCGACGCGAUUCGCCGCUAUCGAUGACAGUCGGACAUUUGGGCGGCGGCAAUGUGGGCGCGGUUAGCACACUGAGCAGUCUUAGCCAAUCGCUGAGCAUUAAACAGGAGCUCAUCGAUGCUCAGCAGCAGCAACAUCGCGAGCAUCACGUGGCAUUGCCACCCGAAUACUUGCCGAGCUCAGCCGCUCUGAAAAUGCAUGCGGAGGAUAUGUCCACAUUGCUAUCGCAGCAUGCGCUGCAGGCCGCCGAUGCGCGUGAGGAGCACAACGAUGCCAAGCAGUUGCCAUUGGAUCCCACAGACAACAUUGACGGUCGCGUUAAAUGUUUUAACAGCCACAAGCCGCAGCAUGAGGCUGAAAAUGAGCUGCAAGAAGUUGAGGCGCAACAUUAUCAACAUAUGGCGCCCAAAUAUAGACGCGCCAUAAUCUAUGCGCCGCAUGAUGAAGUCGAGGCAAGCAGCACGGACAUUUAUAUGGACAGCAGCAGCUAUAACUGCGAAUACAAAUGCAAGGAGCGCAAUAUGCGCGCCAUACGCUGCAAUCGUUACCAUGCGCAUCCAUUGGCAGCAGCGCCGCAAACAGCUUUGAAUCUGGGACGCGACACUAUAUGCGCUGCUGAGGCAGCUUAUUCACCCACAGUGUCAAGCUAUCGCCAGCAGGAGCAGCCGCAUCUGAGCUAUGCCUCACCCAAUGGCGAACUGUCGCAUAGUUAUGUGCCUCAUCGACAGUCGCCGCCGCCGCAGCCGCCGUCGUCGCAUCAGCCGCUUUAUCAGCCCACUGCUGCUAUUGUCGCUACACUUUCACCUCAGCCCAGCUCUUCAUCUGCCACUGGCAGCAACAACUCUGCGUCCGCUGCUGCUGCUGCUGCUGCUGCCGCCUCAGGCUCUGUUGCUGCAGCAGCAGCAGCUGCCGCCGCCGCCAAUCGUCGCGAUCACAACAUUGACUACUCCACGCUGUUUGUGCAACUCUCUGGCACGCUGCCCACGCUUUAUCGCUGCGUCAGCUGCAACAAGAUCGUGUCCAAUCGCUGGCAUCAUGCCAACAUACAUCGUCCUCAGAGUCACGAGUGUCCUGUGUGUGGGCAAAAGUUUACGCGUCGCGACAACAUGAAGGCGCAUUGCAAGAUCAAGCAUGCGGACAUCAAGGAUCGCUUCUUUAGCCACUAUGUACAUAUGUGAUCACUUCUCUAGAUAAUUGUUAAACGAUAUUAAUCGAACGAUUGUUGUGUGGCAAUCUGCAGUUUAGUUAGUUAGUUAGCGCCCUAAGAGUUUCAGCUCCAACUCUCUCAAAAAAAAUAACUAAUGGUUUUCAAAUCUUUAAACUACAAUAUUUACAAACAACCUUAACAAUCUAUUAUAUACGUAAUAUUAUCGGCGUACGAUAUUUUAUGCACGUAGUUGAUUUUAAAAAAGACUUUUCUAUUAUUAUUAUAACCUUUAGAUGCUUUUUACUACAAACCGUAUGGUAUUUCGUAUAUAUGCCAAAAAAAAAUACCGUUACCAGUACUUAAGAACAGAAGAGAACUUUUAAAAGUAUUACAUUAGAAUUCCACGAGCAAGGAAAUAGUCAAAUUUGAAUUUCCUCAAAGCAGCAGCAAACAGUUUUAAUUUUUAUUUAAUUAACGGCAUAG